AUGAGUUUUUUAAUUAAUGCUUUGAAAAAUUUUUUGCACAGGAUGUUUCAAGUGUUGUCCCUGGGUAAGAAAACGAUAACGAAUUCUCUUAGUAUUUACGUAAAGCAUAUAGGGGGUAGAACUCUCGCAGUAGAGUUGGACCCGACGUGGGAUAUUAAAAAUUUGAAGGAAGUCGUCGCUCCGAAAUUAGGUUUGGAGCCUAAUGAAGUGAAAAUCAUUUUCGCUGGAAAAGAAUUGGGAGAUGAGAUUAAAAUUGAGGAGUGCGACUUAGGUCAAAAAAGCGUCCUUCACGCUGUGAAAAUAGCGAAAAAAACUAAAUUGCCUCAGCUGAACGAUGGCUCGUUUAUUGAGGAAAACGAAGAUCUAAAUUCGAGCAAACCUUUAAGCGAAACAUUAGAUGAUUCAAUGUUUUCGCACGAAGAUAGCUCUUCAAGUAGUGCCAUCAUCGAUAAAGAAAAUUCUCAAUCAGAAGCCAGUACAAGUAAAUCAAAAGUUCACUUCUACGUAUUUUGCCCGACCUGCAAAGAAAUGAAAUCUGGCAAAAUAAGAGUAAGAUGCCAUUUUUGUAAAAGUGGCGCUUUCACUGUUCACUCUGAACCACAAAAUUGGCACGAUGUUCUUAUUACGAAGCAGAUCACGGGAACCUGUGAAAAUAGUCCUGAAAGCUGUGCAAAUGUUUUAAGCAAUCGGGAACCCACAUUCGCCGAGUUUUAUUUCAAAUGUUCAGAGCAUACUUCUUUAGGCGAAGAAGAUGGGGCUGUACCGUUAGAUUUAAUCAGGCCAAAUCUAAGAGAUGUACCAUGCCUAGCUUGUGCAGAUGUUUGCGACCCCGUGCUUGUAUUUCCAUGUACAGAAGGUCACGUAACUUGUUUGGAUUGUUUCCGACAAUACUGCAUCACCCGUUUAACGGAAAGGCAAUUCUGGCAACACCCGGAACUCGGAUACACUUUAGCCUGUCCGGCCGGCUGUCCUGAUUCUUUCAUCAAAGAAGUACACCAUUUUAGGUUGCUUUCUGAAGCUCAGUAUGCUCAGUAUCAGAGAUUCGGUACUGAAGAAUUCGUUCUAAGAUCUGGAGGAGUGCUUUGUCCGCAACCGGGCUGUGGUAUGGGGAUUUUAGUAGAUCCAGGUUGCAAUAAAGUCGCCUGUAUUAACGGAUGUGGAUACGUAUUCUGUCGACUUUGCCUCCAGGGUUAUCAUAUCGGUGAUUGCAGACCCGCUGAUUACGAUUCUAACAGUAAUUCGGAGGGUUGUUUGUAUAACGUAGACCCCGGUAGAGCGCUGGAAGCCAGGUGGGACGAGGCCUCUAGGGUAACAAUAAAAUCGUCCACGAAACCUUGUCCUAAAUGUAGAACCCCAACGGAAAGAGACGGGGGUUGCAUGCACAUGGUUUGCACUCGAGCCGGUUGCAAAUUCGAAUGGUGCUGGGUCUGUCAAACCCCAUGGACGAGGGAUUGCAUGGGAAGUCAUUGGUUUGGAUAA